UUAAAUAAUUUCGUCUAGAGUUGCACUUAGUUCGGCCACACGCACAAUGGCAGGCUAUCCUCCGCUGGCGUUUACAACAAAGGAUUCCGCAAACAAGCAAUUCGAGAAAGGGAGAAGUCCGAACACAUGGCCAUUAUGUUCAUCUAAUACUUUCCUCCAUGCUGAGGAGAGAAUUGUUGACGGGUUUCUGGAGAGAUGUUAAAGAGGCCCGGUCAGCACCAAUAGGCGGUGGAGGAGGUGACGCAUGAUGAUCUCUGACAUCUCUUCACUGACCGUGACCUUGGUGGAAGCAAUAAAAGCAGGCCAUGUAGUUUCGGCCACUUCACCCUUUCUGUUAGAAUUGGCAUCACCAAAGUGUGUUCUUCUUCGGUACGUAGCUGGGCUGUGGAAAUAACGCCAUGUCCCGCAUGUUGGAUAUGAAGGACUUUGGAGAGGCUGCGCCGUACCUCAGAAAAUCCGACCUGGAGUUACUGGCUGCGCAAACCGUAGCUUUUGAUGGGAAAAGGAGAGCUUGGAUACCGGACGAAAAGGAGGCUUACAUUGACGUUGAGAUAAAGGAGAUGAGCGGCGACAAAUUCAUCGUUGAAACCAAAGAUGGGAAAUCUCUCAGCGUCAAAGAGGGUGACAUUCAGCAGAUGAACCCUCCUAAAUUCGACAUGAUCGAAGACAUGGCAAUGCUCACGCACUUGAAUGAAGCCUCCGUGCUCCACAAUCUGCGCAAACGCUACAGCCGCUGGAUGAUCUAUACCUACUCUGGGCUUUUCUGUGUCACAGUGAAUCCAUAUAAAUGGCUUCCUGUGUACACGGCUCCCGUGGUGGCUGCCUACAAAGGCAAACGCCGUUCGGAGGCUCCUCCUCACAUCUACUCCAUCGCGGACAACGCGUACAACGACAUGCUGCGAAAUCGGGAGAACCAAUCCAUGCUCAUCACCGGAGAAUCCGGUGCUGGCAAAACUGUCAACACGAAACGUGUAAUUCAGUAUUUUGCCAUAGUGGCAGCCAUGGGUGAUGCAGCAGCUAAAAAAGGAGGCCCGGCCACUAAAACGGGGGGAACCCUCGAGGAUCAGAUUAUUGAAGCUAAUCCUGCAAUGGAGGCUUUUGGUAACGCCAAAACACUGAGGAAUGACAACUCAUCCCGCUUUGGCAAGUUCAUUAGGAUCCAUUUUGGACCCACAGGGAAGCUGGCCUCUGCAGAUAUUGACAUUUAUCUCCUGGAAAAAUCCAGAGUGAUAUUUCAGCAACCUGGAGAACGAAGCUACCACAUCUAUUACCAGAUCAUGUCCCAAAAGAAAUCGGAGCUUCUGGACAUGCUUCUGGUCUCUUCAAAUCCCUACGACUACCAUUUUUGCUCUCAAGGAGUAACCACUGUGGAGAAUUUGGAUGAUACACAGGAAUUCUUGGCCACUGAUCAUGCAAUGGACAUCCUGGGUUUCAGCCAGGAAGAGAAGUAUGGUUGCUAUAAGAUUGUGGGGGCCAUCAUGCACUUUGGCAACAUGAAGUUUAAGCAGAAGCAACGAGAAGAGCAGGCAGAGGCAGAUGGCACUGAGAGUGUUGAUAAGGCCUCAUACCUGAUGGGGGUGAGUGCUGCUGACCUCAUCAAGGGGCUCCUGCACCCACGGGUAAAAGUGGGCAACGAGUACGUGGUGAAGGGCCAAAACGUUGAACAGGUUAACUAUGCAGUGGGAGCUCUGGCCAAAGCCACAUACGACCGCAUGUUUAAAUGGCUGGUGGGCCGCAUCAACAAGACACUCUACACAGCCCUUCCUCGCCAGUUCUUCAUCGGUGUGCUGGAUAUUGCAGGCUUUGAGAUCUUUGAUCUCAACAGCUUCGAGCAGCUGUGCAUCAACUUCACCAAUGAGAAACUGCAACAGUUUUUCAAUCACCACAUGUUCAUCCUGGAGCAGGAAGAAUAUAAGAGGGAAGGCAUUGAGUGGACCUUCAUCGACUUUGGGCUCGACCUCCAAGCCUGCAUUGACCUCAUUGAAAAGCCUCUGGGUAUCAUGUCCAUUCUUGAAGAGGAGUGCAUGUUCCCUAAAGCAACAGACAACAGCUUCAAGGCCAAGAUGUAUGACAAUCACCUUGGCAAGUCUCCCAACUUCCAAAAGCCACGACCAGACAAGAAGCGAAAGUACGAGACUCAUUUUGAGCUGGUGCACUAUGCAGGAGUGGUACCAUAUAAUAUUGUUGGGUGGCUGGACAAAAACAAAGAUCCUCUGAACGAAACUGUUGUAGCCUGCUUUCAGAAAUCUUCAAAUAAGAUGUUAGGAAGUCUCUAUGAGAAUUAUGUCAGCUCUGACACAGCCUUUGAUCCGAAAACAGGAGGCAAAGAGAAGAGGAAGAAGGCGGCGUCAUUUCAGACAGUGUCACAGCUACACAAGGAGAACCUGAACAAGCUGAUGACAAAUCUGCGCAGUACGCAACCGCAUUUUGUACGUUGCAUCAUCCCCAAUGAGACAAAGACUCCAGGAAUUAUGGAUGCAUUCCUGGUGCUGCACCAGUUGCGGUGUAAUGGUGUGCUGGAGGGAAUUCGUAUCUGCAGGAAGGGCUUUCCCAACCGCCUCCUCUAUGCUGAUUUCAAACAACGUUAUCGGAUUUUGAACCCACAUGCUAUACCUGAUGAUAAAUUUGUGGACAGCAGGAAAGCAGCUGAAAAGCUGUUAGCUUCACUGGACAUUGACCACAACCAAUACAGAUUCGGGCACACAAAGGUGUUCUUUAAGGCUGGUCUGCUGGGGCAGCUAGAGGAGAUGAGGGAUGAGCGACUGACUAAAAUCCUCACACUGCUGCAGGCGGUCAGCCGGGGCAAGAUCAUGAGAAUAGAGCUCCACAAGAUGAUGGAGAGGAAAGAGGCUCUGAUGAUAAUACAGUGGAAUAUCAGGGCUUUCAACAUUGUGAAGAACUGGCCAUGGAUGCGACUCUUCUUCAAAAUCAAGCCUUUGUUGAGAAGUGCAGCCACGGAGAAGGAGCUGAUCGCUUUAAAAGAGGAGUUCCUCAAGCUGAAGGAAGCGCUAGAAAAGUCAGAGGCCAAACGAAAAGAACUAGAGGAGAAGCAGGUCAGCCUGAUCCAAGAAAAGAAUGACCUCUCUCUACAACUCCAAGCUGAACAGGAUAAUCUGUCUGAUGCAGAGGACCGCUGUGACCUGCUGAUUAAGGCUAAGAUUCAACUGGAGGCCAAAGUAAAAGAGAUGACAGAGCGCUUGGAGGAUGAAGAGGAAAUGAAUGCUACCUUACUCUCCAAGAAACGCAAGUUGGAAGACGAAUGUGCAGAACUAAAAAAAGACAUUGAUGAUCUGGAGAUCACCUUAGCCAAGGUGGAGAAAGAGAAACAUGCCACAGAGAACAAGAUUAAAAACCUGAUAGAGGAAAUGGCAGCUUUAGAUGAACAAAUCCUAAAGCUGACCAAAGAAAAGAAAGCAUUAGCGGAGAGUCACCAGCAGACACUGGAUGACCUGCAGGCAGAGGAGGACAAAGUCAACACUCUGACUAAGGCCAAAUCCAAGCUGGAGCAGCAAGUAGAUGAUCUGGAGGGCUCCUUGGAACAAGAGAAGAAGUUGCGCAUGGACCUUGAACGAACCAAACGCAAACUUGAGGGUGAUCUGAAGCUCUCCCUAGAGUCAGUCAUGGACCUGGAGAAUGACAAACAGCAGCUGGAGGAGAAGCUGAAGAAGAAAGACUUCGAUAUGAACCAAAUAAGUUCAAAGAUUGAAGAUGAACAAGCCCUUGUCAUACAGCUUCAAAAGAGGGUCAAGGAACUGCAGGCUCGCAUUGAGGAGCUUGAGGAGGAACUGGAAGCUGAGCGUUCAACACGGGCAAAGGUCGAGAAGCAGCGAGGAGACGUUGCCCGUGAGCUGGAGGAGCUGAGUGAACGUCUUGAGGAGGCUGGAGGCGCAACAUCUGUUCAGAUUGAGAUGAACAAGAAAAGGGAGCUGGACUUCUUAAAGCUGCGGCGUGACCUUGAGGAGGCCAUGCUCCAUCACGAGGCCACAACUGCCACGUUGCGUAAGAAACAUGCUGAUAGUGUUGCUGAACUGGCCGAGCAGAUCGACAGCCUGCAGCGUGUCAAGCAGAAACUGGAGAAAGAGAAAAGUGAGACCAAGAUGGAAGCAGAUGACCUGGCAUCCAACUUGGAGCAACUGGCUAAAAGCAAAGCUAACACUGAGAAAAUGUGCCGGCUCUAUGAAGAUCAGUUGAAUGAGUCCAAGGCUAAAGUGGAAGAGCUCCAAAGGCAGCUCAAUGAAUCAAAUACACAGAGAUCACGUGCUCAGUCAGAAAGUGGUGAACUUUCUAGAAAGCUAGAGGAACGUGAAGUCCUAAUGAACCAACUCCAACGUACAAAGAACACUUUCACCCAGAAUCUGGAGGAACUAAAAAAGCAGCUGGAAGAAGAGAACAAAGCAAAGUGUGCUUUAGCACAUGGACUGCAGUCCUCCAGGCAUGACUGUGAUCUGCUUAGAGAACAGUAUGAAGAGGAACAGGAAGCCAAGUCUGAACUGCAGCGAGCCCUCUCUAAAGCCAAUGCUGAGGUGGCCCAGUGGAGGACCAAGUACGAGACAGAUGCGAUCCUCAAGACAGAGGAGCUGGAGGAAGCAAAGAAAAAGUUGGCAUUUCGUCUUCAAGAAGCUGAGGAGCAGGUUGAAGCUUCAAAUGCAAAGUGCUCCUCACUAGAAAAGACCAAGCAUCGACUACAGACAGAGAUCGAAGAUCUAGUUGUGGACCUAGAGCGCUCUAACGCUGCAUCUGCUGCCCUAGACAAGAAACAGCGCAACUUUGACAAGGUGCUAGCAGAAUGGAAGCAGAAGUAUGAAGAGUGCCAGUCAGAGUUGGAAUCCUCACAGAAGGAGUCUCGCAGUCUCAGCACUGAGCUCUUUAAGUUGAAGAAUUCCUAUGAAGAGGCUCUGGAUCACCUAGAGAGUCUCAAACGGGAGAACAAGAAUCUCCAGGAGGAGAUCUCUGAUCUGAAUGACCAGAUCAGCCAGGGAGGAAAGACCAUCCAUGAGCUGGAAAAGAUCAAAAAGGGCUUAGAUUUGGAGAAAAGUGAGAUUCAGGCAGCACUGGAGGAGGCUGAGGGCACUCUGGAGCAUGAAGAAAGUAAGACCCUGCGUAUCCAGCUGGAGUUGAACCAGAUUAAAGCAGAUAUUGACAGGAAGCUGGCAGAUAAAGAUGAAGAAAUUGACAAUCUCCGUCGUAACCAUCAGCGUGCUCUGGAGUCCAUGCAAACCAGCCUUGAUGCAGAGGCAAAGUCACGCAAUGAGGCUAUCCGGCUGAAAAAGAAGAUGGAGGGAGAUCUGAAUGAAAUGGAGGUUCAGCUAAAUCAUGCCAAUCGCAUUGCUAACGAGUCCCAGAAAAUGGUCCGGAAUCUGCAAACCCAGAUCAAGGACCUACAGAUGGAGCUGGAUGAGACAAUCCAUAGAAGUGAAGAGCUGAAGGAGCAGGUGGCUGUGACCGACCGCAGGAACACUCUGCUGUCUGCAGAAGUGGAGGAUCUGAGAGGUCAGGCGGAACAGACUGAUCGUGCCCGCAAACUCGCUGAGCAUGAGCUGCUGGAGACUGUGGAAAGGGUCAACCUGCUCCACUCGCAGAACACAGGACUGCUCAACCAGAAGAAAAAGCUGGAGAGUGAUCUCUCUAUGUUGUCAACUGAGGUGGACGAAGCUGUUCAGGAAUGCCGCAACGCGGAGGAGAAAGCCAAAAAAGCAAUCACAGAUGCAGCUAUGAUGGCAGAGGAGCUAAAGAAAGAGCAGGAUACCAGCGCUCAUCUGGAACGCAUGAAAAAAAACAUGGAACAGACGGUGAAAGAUCUGCAGAGGCGUCUGGAUGAAGCUGAGCAGAUCGCCCUCAAAGGGGGCAAGAAGCAAAUCCAGAAACUUGAGAACAAAGUAAGGGACCUAGAAAGUGAGCUGGAAUCAGAGCAGAAGAAAAGCAACGAAUACCAGAAAGGAGUGCGCAAAUAUGAGAGGAGGAUUAAGGAGCUCACCUACCAGAGCGAGGAGGACAGGAAAAAUGUUGUACGUCUGCAGGAGCUCAUAGAUAAACUGCAGGCCAAGGUGAAGAGCUACAAGAGGCAAACAGAGGAAGCAGAGGAGCAAGCAAACUUAAAUCUGUCCAAGUACAGGAAGAUCCAGCAUGAUCUUGACGAUGCAGAGGAGCGUGCUGAUAUUGCAGAGUCUCAAGUGAACAAACUGCGCACCCGUACAAGGGACCAGGGUAACAAGCCUGCAGAAUGACAAUAAAGAAGUCUUUCACCAGGACCACAGUUCUCAGCUGCAACAGUUUUGGGUGACUGUGGAAAUGUCUUUGCAUAACUCUGUGGCGUGUGCUCUGAAGUAGAAAAGGUACUCAUAUAUUUGGCACUUCAUGUCAGCAAUCUCAAAAAUGGUUACCUUCUGAGAAAUAAAAUGUGCAUUGCAAUAGACAAUUCA